CUCCUCCUUCUCUUCCUCGUUUUGCUUUCCCUCUCUCCCCCCAUCCUGCCUCCGCCCGAGUGCUCUUUCGGAGAAGGGGGAGAGAGAGAGAGCUCACGGAGGGGUCCCCCGCUUUUGCAGCCGCGGCGUUUCCAUCGCCACUUCUGCCUCGCUCCUUCAUGGCUGGGAACGAAUGGGACUGGUUUCAGCGGGAGGAGCUGAUCGGACAGAUCAGCGACAUCAGAGUCCAAAAUCUCCAAGUGGAGAGGGAAAAUGUGCAGAAAAGGACUUUUACCCGUUGGAUAAAUCUACAUUUGGAAAAGUGCAGCCCCCCUCUGGAAGUGAAAGAUUUGUUGGUUGAUGUUAAAGAUGGCAAAAUUUUGAUGGCUCUGCUGGAAGUUCUCUCUGGGCAAAAUCUGCUGCAUGAAUACAAGCCCUCAACCCAUCGUAUUUUUCGACUGAACAAUAUUGCAAAAGCCCUCAAGUUUUUGGAGGACAGCAAUGUGAAGCUGGUUAGCAUUGAUGCAGCUGAAAUAGCAGAUGGAAACUCUUCCAUGGUCCUGGGCCUGAUAUGGAACAUAAUCCUGUUUUUUCAGAUUAAAGAACUCACAGGCAACCUCAAUAGGAACUCCUCGUCUUCCAGCCUGUCGUCGGGACCCAGUGGCCCUGAUUCAGACACCUCUCAUCCCAACACGCCUAAUGUCGAGAGAAGCAUGUCUGUCUCGGUGAAGGAUCAGCGAAAAGCAAUCAAGACCCUUUUGACCUGGGUCCAAAGGAAAACAAGAAAGUAUGGGGUUGCCGUUCAGGACUUUACCAGCAGUUGGCGAAGUGGGCUGGCUUUCUUGGCAGUGAUCAAAGCCAUAGAUUCGAACUUGGUGGACAUGAAGCAAGCUUUGGAGAAAUCGCCCCGGGAGAAUUUAGAGGAUGCAUUCACUACAGCACACAAUCACCUAGGUAUUCCAAGACUUCUGGAGCCAGAAGACAUCAUGGUUGAGUCGCCCGACGAUCAGUCCAUUAUGACCUAUGUGGCACAGUUUUUGGAACAUUUCCCAGAGCUGGAAGGGGAAGAUUUUUCAGAUCCGGACAAGGACUUUGCAGCUGAAUCUCCAUUCCAUGUCAAAGAGACACCAGGGAAAGAAAAUCAAGGGAAGGAUUUGAUUUUGAAUGAGAAUGGGAAGCACACCUAUACCGGUCACCUGGACAGAAGCCAGUCUUCACCUCCAAAAAUCCAUAUUCCUGGUUCACCCCUUAAUCCAGAGAACCCUUUUCAUAUGGCAAAUGAGGAGAUUAAUGACAAUUUGCAGCAGCCACUAUCAGAUCACUCAGAGACUUCUACAGAAGAACCUCAGAGGCCGAGCUCACUGCCAAUAACAGAGCCUGUUGAUUAUCAGUCCAAUUCUGUUGCCGACAUUCUUGCCAAUAAUGUAAACGGGUCUGAAGGGGAUCAGCUGAGUAUGUCCGAUUCACCAACACAGAGCGAUGACCUUCUUCCGCCAAGUUCACCUCCGUAUCGCAAACAUUCUGUUGAACCUGCUGACUCUUCGGGAGUCGACUCCGAAGAAUUCAGCAAGAACAAGCCAGCCACUGAAACAAAAGAAUCAUCUGAUGGAAAGGCUUGCUCUUCCCCACUACCUGAAAACGUACCGGAACAUCUGACAAUGGAACUUGAACAUCCAAUUCCAGCUGCUGUUGAGCAAGAUGCCACAAAGAAAUAUAUAUUAGAAUUGUUGAACAAGGAAAUAUCUAAGCUCCCAGAAAAAUAUGACUGUGCAAUGCAGUCUUCAUCCGUAAAGGAAGAACAUGCUACUCACCAGGAAACUAGUGGACCUGCUUUCAACGAUUAUUCAGAAGAGUCUUACCCAAUGGAACGUUUUUCUCCGGUUAGAAACACUCCCAAGAGCCUAGAUAUUACUAAUGAAGACAGCUCGGUGGGUGAAAUGAUGCCAAACUCUUCCAAAAUCUCCAUAAUCCCUCAUGACCUCUUCUAUUACCCCCAUUAUGAUGUUCCCAUAUCGGACGUCUUGGAUGCUUUUGCUACCCCCGGCGCAGACCCUACCCUCUCGGAAAACAACAAGAUCUGCGCCGAGCUUUUAGUAAACUGUUUGGCGGAGAAAGAGUUGCUUGACCAAAACGCUGAGAAGGAUAUUUCAAAGGCAGGCCUACACACGAGUAAGGCAGCACCAACGCACUUGGAUGAUAAAAGCCCAGAGAAGCAGAAAAAAGAUGCUCGUGGUCACACCAAGGCUUCCCUCAACAAGGCUGCUGCAGAAGGGAAGAAUGUGAUACUCAAUACAAACAGUGUGGAUUCUGCUCACUCAGAUGUCCCUGUGAUAGUGGUAAACCAGUUUGAUACUGCAGCUGAAGAAAGAAAACUGCCAGAAGAAAGGAGCAAAAAGAAAGAGAAAAGGAAGAACAAGUCAAUUUUUCAAGGAGAAAACAUCCCAAGUCCGAAAGCUGGCUCUACCCGGCUACUAGAUAAGCUAGAGGAAGAAUCCAUAGACCACCAGGGGUUUUCAAGGGUCAGCCACAGCGAUCCCAAUGUCGUUUCCCAAAGAUAUUUAGCAGAGUCGACCAGUAAGGAACUUGGCAGCGCUGAUGUUUCAAAGAGCACGGCUACAAGUGAAAUUGCUAGCUCCUCUUCCAGGAAGAGAAAAGACCUUGAAAAGAAAGACUCUUCUGACAAGGCCAGCGCGCCUAGCCCCUCUCCGCGGACAGACCAGCCUGAGCUGUUUUACUUCAUUGUUUUCCUCUGGGUGCUGGUCUACUGCUUAUUGCUCCUUCCACAGCUGGUUAGCAGCCCACUUUGAUCCCUGUGAGUGAGCCAGAAUAAUAAAAGAUAGCGGCUUGAU